AGCAAUUGGUUACAUAUAACUAAUCUAUGGACUCACAGACUAAACGACCCAACAUGAGCGAGUCCAUAAAACAUUUGGAGUCCACAAACCGUGAUGAGAAGUACGAGUAGAAGGACAGAACCCGGAGGCUAUAAUACAAAAGAAAAAAGUACUACUUUUUCAUCUUGAAUAAGGAGAAGAAUAUUUGGUUUUUGGAAGACUAAAGAUCUCGAGCUCGCAGGAGAAGCAUAGACCAGCCUGUGAAGAUGUGUGUAUGCAAGAAAAUAUCAUAGAGGAGAAAGGAAACAGCAAGGCAGGAUGGGAGUGAGAGGAAGGGCCACGUUGGCUGUCCUCUUCAUCACCACCUUUCUUUUCUCUUCAUGGCUCUAAAUAAGCACUUCCCCAAAUCGAAGCAAAGCUGCUCCCAAAAACGCUACAAAGAGGCUGGGGUUAGUUGCAGUAAAUGGACAGCAUUUGAUGGUGGUUUGGAUCAUUGCUGGGACUACUGCCUAAAUAACUUCAUUAAGAAAGAUCAGUCUAUCAGUUUGUACGGGAGUAACACCUCAUCAGAAGACGUCACACCUCCACUGGAGGUGUGUCCAGGACAGAAAUUCCAGAUUGCUUAUUUGCUGAUGCAUCUGCAGGACGCACCUGUCUCAACCAAUGAUGUUUUGCUAAACCCAUACCUAGCCAGCUGGGAUGAGCUCAUCAAGUUCAUGGAGUCCUUGGGACCGAUGGUGGGUAUAAUCUCACAGGAAAUUGAGACGAAGACCUCCAUUAUCCGCAAGCUUGCUCAAAAAGAGGAGGAGGAACGAAAUCAGAGAGCGCAAGACUCAGCCUCCAGUGGUGCAUAUGUUUCAGUGCGGUCCAUGAUCGUAUCGGAGCUGGAGCAGGGUUUAGUGAACUUUGACCAGUUGACAGAAUCAGGUUGCAGGACUUUACUGCGCCUCCAUCGCGCUCUUCUCUGGUUGCAGCUCUUUCUACACAACCUGGCUGAAGAAAAGAGGGAAAUGAUGGCGCGCAGCCCAUCCGAGCUCUGUCGAGAGGCUUAUCGCCUCACCCUGGCUGAGCAUCACUCAUGGUGGGUGAAGAAGGCGGCGGAGCUGGCGUUCGUGGCCAUGCCUGACAGACAGUUCUUCUACAAACUGAUGUGUGUGAGGACGCAGGCAGAGGCAGCAGCUUCCUUAAACAGAGUGGUCAAAGCCAUACAGAAAGUGUACGACAGGACUCAAUUGGCGCUGGCAGAACAUGAUAUGCUAGCACUACCAUAAUGACAUUGAGUGUGGACAUAUCGGUUAUGUAAUAAAGUGUCCAGUAAGUGCACACAAUGUUGGUGAUACCAUACAGAAGCACAGCGCUGUAGUGAUGCCAUGAUGACAUAAUGUCACAGCAUGCUAGCAACAUGCCAUGAGGACACACAGCAUGCUGGCAAUACCAUAAGCAUGCACUGUAUUCCAACAGUACCAGAAGGACACACAGCAGGCUAGCAACACCAUAGGGCACAGAGCAUGUCAGCAAUUCCAUGAGGAGCCAAAGCAUGCUAGCAUGCUCUGCGUCCUUAUGGUGUUACUUGCAUCCUGUUUGUCCUUAUGGUAUUGCUAGCCUGCUGUGUGUCCUUAUGGCGUUACUAGCAUCCUGUUUGUCCUUAUGGUAUUGUUAGCAUGCUGUGUGUCCUUAUGGUAUUGUUAGCAUGCUGUGAUGCUAGUGAUAAUGUAAGGAUGUAUAGUGUGCUAGCAAUACCAUAAGCACAUCCAGCAUGCUAGUUAUGAUUAAACGACACAUAGAAUGCUAGCAAUACAGUAAGGACACAAAGCAGGCUAGCAAUUUCAUAAGGACAGUUAAAAGACAUUCAAAUGGUAAACGCUGCCACGUGCACUUGGCCACUAAUCUAAACUGGCCCACGUUAAAAAUGUUAAAAAAGACUCUCUGUGUCAAUGGGUAGUAAAUAUUUGGCAGGCACAUGAUUUUAGCAUGUAGGGUGUUUUUAAAAUGAAUUAUUUUUUUUAAAAUGGUCACUGUUUUAUCAUAUCAGGGUUUACAACACACUGAUACUGUAAUGCCAAUUGGACUCUGGCCUGAGUGAUUUCACAGACAGUACAGAUAGAUACACAUGGAGAAACACAGUCAUCAAUCAAUAGUACUGUUAACACUAUCUAUGAGUAUCACCAUUCUGUUGGUGCCAGUCUCGAACAGGUACCAAAGACCAUACACCUUCAACCGUUGGACCAACCUGCGACGUUUCAUGUGCUGGACAUUUAGAGUACAGGUGUGCACUGGGACGGGAUCCUGUGGGAUCCCAACACACAAACCGUGCGGGUGGGAACAUGGAGUCGGGCAUGUGCAAACUAAAAUAUUAACCGCAUGAGUGGGUGGGGGUUAGUCAGAAUUUUUCCAGAACUCUAGACAUCCGUAUAUAUUGAGGCCAUGAGUUAUGUUUCUUGAGAUGUGCAUGCAUUUUGUGGUCAUGAAGUACUUCAUUGGUGGCAACUAUUACAGCAAUGAAAUCAAUUGAACUGGACCAUCGCCCGGUGAUAAUAUUACAUAUUAUGACGUCAUCCUUGGAAAAACACAUAAAAACCCCGGUGUCGUUGGCGCUGCGACGUAGAUAUACCAUCAGUACGUCACCUUAAGCGACUUCUCAGAUAGAAUAGAUAAUUCACCGUGCCAUCUCGCAGGCUCUAUAGUCCUCACAGCUCUGCUUUCUGGUCCACUGUGCGCAGUACAGCGGUAGAGCCGGAUGUGUGGGAUGAACCGCACCCAGGGAUUGUACAGCACAACCCGAACUGUUCCACUAGGAGGUGCAGUUGACUUCGCCGAACAGCAGGACCGCACAAGCGGGCCAGAAGUCGUGCGCCUUGAGACGAUUAAAGCUGUUCUAGAUCAGGAUGUGCUCGAGAACUAAACAGAACAUGGAAGCUUAAUCAGCCGGAUAAGAGAACAUUUUAAAGGCGUUUAAUGCUUCCUGCUCUGACACAGCUACCUGACCAAAUCAGGAUCGUUCGAUUUUUUUAAAAUUUGAUUUGAAUUUUAAAGCAGAUAUUCAUAGAACAAUUUAAUUUAGUCUGUCGUGUGUUUGAAUCUGAUGGUUAUGACAUUUGCAGGAGGGUUUUACGCAUUAAAUCUGAAAAACGUA